AUGCACAGGGAUCAUCACAACGAUAAUCAGUACCCCAACGCGGUCAUAGGACUAGGAUCCUACAAAGGUGGGGAGUUGUGGGUAGAAAACCACAGUUCCGAAGAAAAGAAAGAGUGCCGCGCCACAACGAAGGCGCUGCCAAACGGCCAGCAAGCUGCGGGCCAACUCCUCAACAUCCACCACCAGAUUCAGACAUUCUCCCCCAAGGCGUGGCAUGGACCGCAAGAGUGGCAGGGAAACAGGAUUGUGAUCGGUACCUACGUGACUCGUGGACAUGUGUUUCUUCAAGAAGCUGAGAGGAGCGAGUUGAAACAGUUAGGAUUUCAAGUGCCUGAAACAGCGUCCCAAGCCAUGAGUGUCGAGAGUGCUUUUGCGGUAGAGGGAUUGCGUCUUGGCCCCCACAGUCCUUUGUCCAGUCCCGAACAGAUCAAAAGACAACUGUACAAACUUCAUGCUGCUACGGGCCAUGGAAGUACGAAAAGUUUGGUCAACAUGCUGAAGCGUAGAAACGUGGAUCCGGCAGUCAUCAAACUGGCUGAAGAGUUUCGUUGUUCGGCUUGUGCCGAGAAGCAGAAGAUACAACCAAGGCAUUUAGCCUCCUUGGAAGCUCUGCCCCCAAAGCUCCACACCAUUGCUACUGAUAUUGGUCACUGGACUCAUCCUCAGACUGGUGAAAUUGUUCAGUUUAUGAUGAUUGUGGACGAGGGCAGUAGGUUUCGGGUGGCGAGGAUUUUGUCUAGGGGAUCCAAGAAACAGCCGAACGCCAGUGCUUGCAUUCAGUAUCUUCGUGAGGGAUGGGCUCAGUACUUCGGAAUGCCAAAGGCCAUCAGGUUAGAUGCUGCAGGAGCCUUCGUGAGUCAGCAGCUGACGUCCUUCUGUGAUCAAGAAGGGAUCUUUAUGGAUAACAUUCCGGCGGAUGGACAUUGGCAAAUCGGGGUUUGCGAACAGGCCAUUCGGGGUGUUAAAGAGGUUAUGGACAAGGUUUGCACUUCCCAGGAAAAUGUCAGUCCUGAAACGGCCUUGACCCAUGCUAUUGCCGCCUUUAACUCCCGUGAACAAGUUCGAGGGUUCUCUCCGAUUCAGCAUGUCUUUGGUCGCAGUCCGGACGUGACCGGAAGAUUGUUGCAACAGCCAGGCUCAAUUCCUGAGGAGUUGGUUGUUGAAAGUGCCACUGAGGAGCUGGAGGCCUCAGCUCGGUUGCGAGCUGAAGCAGAAAAGGCACAUGCUGAGUGGCAUGCAGCUCAAAGAAUCUCGCGGGCUAGGAAUUCCAAGGCCCGGCCUAAGGCGGAUUACCAAGCGGGUGACUUAGUGUACUUCUGGAGAACGCAAGAGUCCGGUCAGGGUCGCAAGGCGCCUGGCACCAAACACGGUAGAUUCUUAGGACCUGCGAGAGUGUUAGCUGUAGAAGCUCGUCGCGAGGAGGACGGUAGUCUUCGCAGUGCGAGUGUUGUGUGGUGCGUUCGUGGUCGCAACUUGAUAAAGUGCUGUGUGGAACAACUGCGCCAUGCUUCCGAGAGAGAGCAGUUGUUGGAAUCCUUGGCAGACCGUCACGGUCACGACCCAACACCGUGGACAUUCACCAAGUUGGCUGAGGAGAUUGGCGGCAAUCAAUUCCAAGAUGUUUCCAUGGAGGCACCGUCAGACGAGGAGUGGCAGAGAGCCCAAGAUGUUCUCCAGGAGAGCCCGCCUCCUCGCUAUCGAUUUCGAGGCAAGCGCGCGCAACCGGAACCAGCUGAGCAGCUGGAAGAGGAGGAAGGCCAGGAACCAGCAACAGGCUCUCGAGCACGAGCUGCUCCAUCAUCGAGCCCAGCCGCGCCAUGGACAGACGCCGUGGAGGAGCGCUGGUACCAAAAGGUGCCAGACACAGCGUGGUAUGCCCAAGAGAGUGCCUACUGGAACAACUCCACAGCUGCCGUGGAGGUGGCCAUCGAGAUGCCAGACAGCCGUCAGGGCUGGCAGAAGGCCGGUCGCUGCCUGAAGUCCUACUUUGUGGGAGCCUUGAAACGCAGGGCAGUGGAAGUGUCAGAGCGACAUCUGUCAGCCGAUGAAUUGGCACAAUUCAAGGAGGCAAAGCAAGUGGAGAUCAAUAAUUUUAUAGCCGCCAACGCCUUCGAGAGCCUCCCAGAGCACCUGGCUCCGAGUCGAGAGCAAGCAGUCAACAUGCGUUGGCUGCUCACCUGGAAGGUGAAAGAAACCGGGGGCCGCAAGGCCAAGGCAAGGGCUAUAUUAUUAGGCUACCAGGACCCCUCCUACGCCCACCGAUCUACUACAGCUCCAGUAAUGUCUCGCCAAUCCAGGCAGCUGGUUCUGCAAGCUGCUGCUAACAACUCUUGGCGAGUCUUUAAGGGAGACGUGAGUGGGGCUUUCCUUCAAGGCCGGGAUUACCCGGACAAGUUGUAUUGCAUUCCUUGCCCUGAAAUAUGUGCCGCGAUGCAGAUACCGGAGGGAUCAGUGACACGCCUCCGCAAGGCCUGCUAUGGGUUGGUGGAUGCACCACUGGAGUGGUACAGGACAGUCUCGGAGUACUUUGAAGAACUUGGACUGGUCAGGCUGUGGUCGGACGCGUGCGUAUGGGCUUGGCGCGUCAACGGCAAGCUUCGUGGCGUGAUUUCAGGACACGUUGACGAUUUCCUGUUCGCUGGAGCCGAUCAUGAUCAAGGCUGGCAGGACAUACUUCAGAAGAUUAAAUCCCGGUUCAAAUGGGGAGAUUGGGAACAAGAUGACUUCAUCCAAUGCGGAGUGCGGAUACAGCAAACUAGCCGAGGCUUUCAGUUGUCCCAGGCUCGCUACGUAGAAGACAUCCCCGAAAUUCCCUUGAACAACAGCCGACGUAAAGAUCGAGAAUCACCCACCACACCGUGGGAAAAGACCAAGCUGCGCGCCUUGUUAGGAGCAGUUUCGUGGCAUGCACAGCAAGUGGCGCCGCAUUUAGCGGCGGAAGUAGGUUUGUUGUUGUCGGAUGUGAAUGAAAGCACCGUGGCAACGCUCUUGCAGGCGAAUCAGUUGCUUCAGAGUGCUAAGGCCCGGAAGCAACAUCAGAUGCUGAUACAUGCCUACCCUCCUGAGGUUGAACUUGGUUGCUACGCUUGGGUAGAUGCUGCCAACGAGAACCGCCGAGACGGUGGUAGCACCCAAGGUAUCUUCAUUGGCAUGGCACCACUUAGCCUACUGCAAGGAGAAGUGGAAAAGAUUUCUCCGAUUUCCUGGCAGUCCCACAAAAUCGACAGGGUCUGUAGAAGCCCAGGGGCUGCUGAGUCUCAGGCUGCCGUGAACGGAGAAGAUCAGCUCUACUAUGUUCGCUACCAGUGGAGUGAGUUGAUGUACGGAGCUCCAGAUACUAAGGAUCCGGACAGUUCUGUGACUAAGGUCACCGGCUGCGUGAUAACGGACUCCAGAAACGUGUGUGACAAGCUUCGGACUGAGGUUCUCUCCAUCAAGGGAGCCGAGAAGAAAUCCAACAUUGAGCUGCUCAGCUUGAAGGAGGCUCAGGCGCGCACGAAGGUCAUCAUGCGUUGGGUACACUCCGAAGCUCAACUGGGCAACUCCCUCACAAAACACAACGCCAACAAGGAGUUGGAGUUAUACUACCGCAUGGGUCACAGCUGGCGAAUUGUGGAGGAUCCCCAGAUGCGCUCAGCUCGAAAACGGCGCACAGAAGGUCUUGAGACAUUGCAGGGUGAUGGCACUGAUGAAGUCUUUUGUUUCUUUCCGGUGCUGCUCCUGGAUGAGCCGACCUCCGCCUUGGAUGCAGCGAGCUCCGCGGAGGUGUCCAGAGCUCUCGAGCAGGUACGGGGUCUUGGGUUGAGCGACGAGUGA